CAAAAGUUUUAAACUUCUGGCCCUUGACUCUUGAGAAGCUACAUGCUUUUUGGAGGCUUUUACUAAUACUAUUAGCGCCCUUCUUGUGCUCCAGUCGAGAAAAGUCGACAAAUCUGCUGAUUGAAACAGUUUGUAGUUGAAGCAGAUUGUGCGGACGAGCGGUUGGAAGGAUCUCGGCAGCGGCACUAGGCAAGCAUGGCGGAAGAGGAGUUGCCGCAGGAUUCUAAGCUCGAACUGGCGGAGACCCUCUUCCUAUUGAGCGUGCCUGAUACACCUGACAUCGAAAAGCAUAAGUAUAAGGAGGAGGUACUUGCGGCGGUGGAAAAGGAUGGUCUGGUGGACAUCUAUGAAAAGGCGGUAGCUGAUUUUGGUUGGUCGGUAGACAAGGAGUUUGUCAAAAAGCUCAGGGAAAGAAAUGCAGAGGACGAGAAGAAGAUCGAUGAGAAGAUCAAGGACGCAGAAGAGAACCUUGGGGAGAGCGAAGUGCGAGAGGCGCUUCUAGAGAAGGCCAUGUUUUACAUCCGGAUUGGCAACAAGGAGAAAGCGCUCGCUCAGAUGAACCUGACUGAGGAGAAGACCAUUGCGGUGGGCCAGAAGAUGGACCUGGUGUUUCACAUCCUGCGCCUUGGGUUCUUCGAGCUGGACUUCGACCUCGUUUCCAAGAGCGUGGAGAAGGCAAAGAUCCUGUUUGCGUCGGGCGGCGACUGGGAGCGCAAGAACCGGCUCAAGGUGUACGAGGGGUUGUACCACCUGGCGACGCGCAACUUCAAAAAAGCCGCCGACCUCUUCCUCGACUCCAUCGCCACCUUCACGGCCACCGAGCUCUUCCCCUACAAGACCUUCAUCUUCUACACCGUCCUCACCAGCCUAAUCACACUCAAGCGAGUCGACCUCAAGGCAAAGGUGGUGGACGCGCCCGAGAUUCUGGCGGUCAUUGGGGAGUGGCCGCACCUGUCCCAGUUCCUGAACGCGCUCUACGACACGCAGUACAAAGAGUUCUUCAGCGCUUUUGCGCCCCUGACGGACGACGUCCGGCGGGACCGCUACCUGAGUCCGCACUACCACUACUACAUGCGUGAGGUGCGCGUGAUCGCGUACACGCAGUUCCUCGAGUCGUACAAGAGCGUCACGCUCGACGCGAUGGCGGGGUCCUUCGGGGUCAGCGUGGACUUUCUGGAUAGCGAGAUCUCACAUUUCAUAGCGUCGGGGCGGCUAAAUGCGAAGAUUGACAAAGUCAGCGGUGUCCUGGAGACGAACAGGCCAGAUGCGAAGAAUGCUCUUUAUCAGUCUACCAUUAAGCAGGGCGACCUUCUGCUAAAUAGAAUUCAGAAGCUGUCUCGAGUUAUAGAUCUUUGAACAGGUUAACGAACUUGUCGCACAAGCAAUUUAGGGGUGCGAGCUCUCGAUGCAUAUGUGUCUUCGAUAUCUUGGGUACAUACACAGGCGUUGAUUACAGCAUCAUGCAUGGGAGGUCUAUGACCAGCAGUGCGGCCCGUGCGCCUGCACUUAAUGUUUGCAAAUAAC